ACAAAGGGGCAAUAAUGAAUAGCUAGUACUACAAGUUACCCUAGCUCUGUUACCAUGGCAACUGGCGGGAGUUCUCCCAGCGAUGGCGGCAGCUCCCUCUCCCUGUUCCCUGAGAGGCUAGAGUUUGUCAAUAUGGACGCCCGUUACAAGUGUGUGAAGUGCAAUAACGUGCUACGAAGACCUCUUCAGACCUCGUGUGGUCACAGGAUGUGCGAUAUAUGUGUGGACGAACUGUUUGCUGAACACGGAGACACUGCAGACUGCCCGGGACGGGAAGAAGAUUGUGAUCAGUUAAGGAAAAAUGACCCCAAAUCAAUAUUUAAAGAUGCCUGCGUGCGAAGGGAGAUGGGCCAGUUAAAGGUUUUCUGUCCUAAUAAAAAUACAGGAUGUGCCGGCGUUUAUAAGUGGAAAGAUAUUAAAAAACAUGUCGAAAGCUGUGAAUACAGACCACUACUUUGUCCCCUGGGGUGCGGUCACGUGAUUGCACAGAAAGAACUAGAGCAUCACGAGAAGGAACAAUGUCCCAAACGGCCAGUCACGUGCCCUAGCUGUGGAACAAAUGUGUUAUCAGGCGAUUUACAGGAACAUUUAGAGGAACUUUGCCUGGAAGCUUUACAUAGUUGCCCUCACUGUGGAUCCGGAAACAUGAAAAGACUUCAGUUGGAAGAGCACUACAAAACGUGCAGUAAGAUGCCAAGGAGAUGCCCCUUGUACCGACAAGGGUGUGAAUUCACGGGAACCAAAGUUAGAAUCAGAAAGCAUGAACAUGCUGCAAUCAAAGAGCAUAUCACAAUCGUUUCGAGGGCGCUUAGCACACAUGAUUUCAGUGUUGAACAUUUCGAUAAGGAGUGUCAGAAAGUGAAUAUAGAAAUACAGAAGACAGCCGAAAGACUGAAUAAACUUUCAUCGGAUAAUACUGUCGGAAACUUGGAAGACAAAAUAAAGAAAUCUGAGGUGAGAUAA